AUGGAACCCCAAGAAAAAACGGAAACUCAAGAAACACACGAUCUUUCAUACUUCCCAAAAUCAUCACUAGACCAAUAUCAACCAUCAAAAAAGUUCGUAUUCGGAGUACGUUUCUUUGAAAUCGUUUGCGGAAUAAUAGCAGUUGGUACAUUAGGCUACACCGCAGGCGGCCACAAACACCUCUACGGCGACGUUCCAAACUGGGUCACUUACGGACUAGUGGUCUCUUGCGUGGGCACAGUAAUCUCGACAAUUUUUAUCAUCGAUGCGAACAUAAAAUAUGCGUUGCUGGAAGGGUUGACGUCUUCCAUUUGGGCAUGUGCGUAUUUGACUUACGUGGUGUUUGGGGCGAUUAAUACUCCCUCUGACCAGGAUUGUGGUAAAUUAAAUGGUUGGGAAAGGCCGAUCUGUAGUAACCCCAAAGCGACCGAAUUCUUUGCGUUUGUUGCUAUUUUUGCGUAUGGCUUUUCGGCAACUACGGGAUUUAGGGUUUGGUUGGAUCGUAGAAAUCGACUACCGCAGUCUGAUAAAAAUGUUGUUUAA